CGGGAAGCAGUGAUGUAGAAUACCUGCGACCGCCGCAGCAAGCGCGCCAACAGCUGCUGCAGUUCCGACUUCUGCGGUGGCCGCUGCCGCCGCGUUAUCUCCUGCCAGGAGUGGAAGGGCAGCGUGGCCCAGGGGACCCGGCGGGAGGAUGGCGGAGCCCGGCGGGGCAUCCUCAGGCGCGGGCGGAGCCAGCGGGAACUCCGCGGGGCCUGGCGGGACCGACCCAGCCUCGCUGCCCCCUGGCGACGCGCAGCUCAUCGCCCUCAUCGUGGGGCAGCUCAAGAGCCGGGGCCUCUUCGACGCCUUCCGCCGGGACUGCCUGGCCGACGUCGAUACCAAGCCAGCUUACCAGAAUUUGAGACAGAAAGUGGACAACUUUGUAUCUACUCACCUGGAUAAGCAAGAAUGGAACCCAGCAAUGAACAAAAACCAACUGCGGAAUGGGCUCAGACAAAGUGUGAUUCAGUCAGGGAUGCUGGAAGCUGGAGUGGACAGAAUUAUUUCUCAGGUGGUGGAUCCAAAACUAAACCACAUCUUCAGGCCACAGAUAGAGAAGGCAAUUCAUGAUUUCCUGGCUGCACAGAAGAAAGAGGAAUCGGUGCCAGCUCCUCCCCCAGAGCCUGAGAGUCAGGAUCCUUCCGCUCCACCCCAAGACGCCUCAUAAGUGCAUUUCUGGAUUUAAGGUGGCUGCAGUUUCAAAACCCAGGCUGACUGUUUGGCAGCGGGCUACAUAUCCGCAGGAAUACAGAUUGUCAGCUAAAGCAACUGCGAUUGAGGAACAGGAUUGGCAAAAGUCACCAGUGGUUUCUGUGUGAUAUGGAGGGAUAGGCUAGAUGUGAAAGAGUAUUGCUAUUUGCUGAAGUAGCAUCUGUUUUGCUAUUUCUGUGUUUGGGAAGUGGCACCUUUUAAGGAGCCAUAAUAGGGGAAAGGGUUUCUGGUGUGAUAUUAGUGGACUUGGUGGUAUUUGGAAACGUAGCAGUAGGAAAGGGGGCAUUUUAAGUAUGCUUGGUUUCCUUAGAGGCCACUGUGUCCGAAGACCUUUGGCUAGGUAAUUGAGCAGUGGGCAUGCAAGCAUGAAGCAGAUCAAUUUACUAGAAAAAGAUCCUUGAGGCCUAGAUCCUUAACUGAAUUUAAGUAAUACCUCACUUGCAGUGCCUAUCCAAGUCUCUUUCAACAGCAAGAAUUUUUCAUAAUUGGCUUUCUACAAGUGUCCAAAGCAAAGCCUCUGCCAGAUUUCUGGAGGUGAUGUCUGUCAUAACUUGAUGCUCAGCUCCCUUCCCAGCCUGAUGAAAGAAAUUGGUAUGGAACAAGAAAUGGCUUCUUCUGGGGGCUUUGCAGUUGGAGAAAGUUCUCUCGUUUGUGAGAUCAUUCAGGUGCCUGUUCAGAGCUGCUUAGAGAGUCACAUAAACUCUCCAGUGGACAUUUGUGCACUAAUGUUUGGCAAGCAAAUAUCUGGAACACUUUUAAUAAUAAAAUGUGAGAAAAAUCU